AUGUUAUCCAUGCAUACAUUCUUUCCCCCGGAUUUGAAUGAGAUUGAGAGGGAGAGUCGUGACCGAUCGGAUAUACCUGUAUUAGGAAUUCGGGGUUCCGUAAUCCGAGCCAGCACAUCCAGCGCCAGCACUGGUGUUAGCACUGAUGAUGCCUCGGUUGAUUCAGACUGGAAUGGCGAAAAAUCACCGUCAUUCGAUCGAGAGCAGGAGCAGCUGAAGGGAUAUUCACAUUUCGAUCCGGCACAAUUGGAACAUAUUAUGGAGAUACCCAAGGUGGAAGAAAUGGAAGAACUCGACGAUGACUUGUUGAGUAUCAAACAGGCAGAUGUGGAGUCGGGCGCUCCCGUGCCUGUUCCACGGAAACGUGGUCGCCCACGCAAACAUCCGCUGCCGGUUCCGGGAGGUCAGGCCAAGAUCACCAAAGGUCGCUCCAAGACUGGUUGUAUUACCUGUCGAAGGAGAAAGAAGAAGUGUGAUGAGACAAAGCCUGCUUGUCAAAACUGUCAGAAGAAUGCGGUCGUUUGCGAAGGCUACCCACUCAAGGAGAUUUGGAAGAGUGGGAGACAGAGACUCGCUGAUGUAGCUCGAUCCCAGUCUCUGACAGCCGUACCGCGCAGUUUACCCCUCCUCAUCGACGGCAUCGAAACGGAUGUCGACCGUCGCUUCUUGGAUCAUUUUGUCUACGGGUUCAGUCGAGUACUGACACUGAUAAACGAUGAUUCAAAUCCUUUCAAGGAGAUUCUGCUCCCGAUGGCGACACAGCAUAGGGGGCUGAUGCAUUCGCUGAUGUGCUUGUCCGGAUCGCAUCUCUCGGGUCUGGAUCCUGAACCAAAUCUGAAGGAGCGAAAGUACUUUCAUUUCCACCAUGCUAUCCAAGAUUUGAAAGAUAAUAUCAAUGCGUCAUCAUCAGCUAAGAGCCCCGACGAUGAUGAACGGCUACUAGUCGAGGACCCGAUCAUCGCAUCCACCAUCGCCCUCAGCUUGAACACCAUCUGCGAAGGUGAAACAAAUGGCGAAUACCGACCGCACAUGGAUGCUGCCCGGUACCUGCUCUUGUCACAACAGCCACGGAACGAAAAAUUCCGCCAGUUCAUCGUCGAGUUCUUCCAGUACCACGAUGUCUCAAACUCCCUUACUUCGCUUGACCGCCGUCCCAACCUCUUGCACAACGACCUGCACAUGCCCAACUUUGUACCCGGUGUCUCAGCUGGGAUGUUCCUCGGUGUAUUCGACGGGCUCUUCAACUACAUCUCGCAGAUAACCCAGCUCCGCGAUCGUAUCCGCGAACGCUUCAACGAGGGCUAUGAGCCAGCAGUGGACUACCAAACCCUGAGCGAGGCGGUUUCUAUUGAUAUGGCUAUCCGUACUUGGGAGACCUCGCAUGAGCCCAAUACCCCAAACUGGUGUCUGGCCCAGCUAUACCGCCAGUCAACCUGGGUGUACCUGUAUCGGACGAUCCGGCCCUCGCGACCGAGCGAGAAAAUCGCCCAGGUCGUCAAUGACGGACUUGACUACCUAGAUCAGCUGCCACAGGAUGCAUCCGCUUUCAGUAUUGUGCUGAUGCCGCUGUUCCUGCUUGGCUGUUCUGCGUUCUUGCCUGAGCAGCGUGAGCGCAUUACGCAGGGCUUCGAGAAUCUGAAGUCAUACUCUAACCUUCGAAACAUCGAGCCUGCUUUCAAGGUUGUUUCGCAGGUUUGGGAGAUUAUGGAUACGCAGAUGCAAGAUAGUUGGGACUGGGAAAAGAUCAUCCAUGAUAUGAAUAUGGAUUUCUUGAUCACUUGA